AUGUCUACGUCUAUACUCUUUUCUACGCUCCUCUGGACGAUAAUCGCCGCUUCUGGCGUUGUAGCAAAGCCUCGCGUUGUGGGCACUGGCAGCUCGCGACGCUGCUAUGAUGACGCUGGGAAUGCAAUAGCCUGUCCAGUAAACAAGACUGCAAUCAUCAUUGGUGUCGUCGUUGGAGUUGUUGGUCUCAUUGCCCUCACCAUACUUGUCCUCGUGAUCCUGAGGCGCAGAAGGAAUAUGAGGCGGGCCGCUGCUGCCCUGCCCACUCACCGUGGUCCCUCAUUCGAGAAGCCUAGCGUUGCGCACGAUGGCGUUAACCCACCACAGCCAGCCCUCGUCUCUGAUAAUAAGGGUAUCAAUCGAUUCUUCGGCCACAAUCAGCCACCUUCGACGGCACCCGUUGGAACAUACGCUCCGCCCUCGGGCCCACCGCCUGCGUAA